AUGCCGAAAGACCUCGCACCGGAUAAAAACCGCUCUACUGAGGGCAAAGACCCCGAAUUCGCUGCUCGGGUCUUUCGUAAAUGGACCUACAUUCCGCAACUCGUGGUCUUUGACCUCGACUUCACUAUGUGGUUCCCGGCCAUGGAUGAGUUGCACAACGAAAAGAUCACCAAGGACCCCAUCACGGGUGACGUCACUGAUGCCAUUGGCUGGCAAGUCCACUUCUACCCGGAGAUUCACGCAGUGCUGAGUGUAUUGAAGACGGACCCUCAGUUCCGUAACACGAAGAUCGGCGUGGCGUCACGUAUGGAAGAGAUUGAGACAGCGAAGAAGGUUCUGGGUCUGAUGGACGUGACGCUGCGUGGUAAAGACGUCGAGCAAAUGAUCAAGAAGACGCUGGAAGACAUCGCAGACUUCGUCACCAUCUUCCCAGGCAGCAAAACGACGCAUUUCAAGCAGCUGAAGGAGCAGAGCGGCAUCGCGUUUGAAGACAUGCUGUUCAAUGACGACGAUUUGGAGAACGUGCACGACGUGAGUGCACUGGGCGUGGUGUGCUCGUAUUGCCCCGAAGGUCUUACAGUAGCGUCGUGGCUACAGGGUAUGGAGGAUUUCCAGUUGGCCAAGAUGCAGCAGAGCGCGUAGGUACAUGUAGAAGAACACGCAGCA